AUGGGAAAGAUAAUCUUCUAUGAAGACAAAGGCUUUCAAGGACGGUCAUAUGAGUGCAAUAGUGACUGCACUGAUCUCUCCUCAUAUUUCAGCCGGUGCAACUCCAUUAGAGUAGAAAAUGGGAACUGGGUGCUCUAUGAAUAUCCAAAUUAUAAAGGUCAUCAGUAUUAUUUAAGGAGAGGAGAAUAUCCUGACUUUCAGCAAUGGAUGGGAUUCAAUGACUCUAUCAGGUCUUGCCAUUUAACACCUCAGGUAAAUAUUCACCGUGGUCCUUUCAUAAUUAGAGUGUAUGAAAAGGAAGACUUCAAAGGCCAAAUGAUGGAGUUUACUGAAGAUUGUCCCCAUGUAUUUGAGCAAUUCCACUAUCGUGACAUUCAUUCAUGCAAUGUCUUGGAUGGUCAGUGGGUUUUCUAUGAAGAACCCAACUUUAGAGGACGUCAGUAUUAUCUUACACCUAAAGAGUACAGGAAAUACAGUGACUGGGGAGCCACAAACUCCAGAGUUGGUUCCUUUAGAAGAGUACAGAAUGUGUAUUAA